AGUGCAAAAACAGCUUGUGGGCGUCCAUUGCUGAUGACGUCACCGACAGCUCCUAUUUUGAAUGUGCGCGUGAAUUCAACGGAGGUGUCUUUAUGUUGAGUUGACGAUGGAAGCCUCGAUGAUGAUCAUGUAUGAGGACGAAUCCGUGUACAUUCGCUACGGCAACGGUACGCAGCUCCAACUUUCGCCUUGCGGUAGCGAGUUCGUGCUGGUGAAAGCUGCGCUCGACUCUGGACUUCAUCAGCUUCAGACUGCCGCGAGAGUGCGACAGAGGACGCGGUUCACUAUCAGCGCUUAUAAAGAGUUGAUCGUCGCUGCGCUGGCAUUCAGGAAUAAGUACGCCAGUCGACCAUAUCUGCCAGAGGAACUCACUUCUCCUGCUCACAAACAGUAUUACAGUAACUUGGAAGUGCAGUGGCCCAGCUGGUCCUCCUGUGAGGCAGAGUCGGGACCUGGAGGCGAAACCAUCAUCAAAUCAGAGGACAAACGCGCUCAUGUGACGCUGUCGCCCUCGGGCCAAGAUUUUUUCGUGGAGUAUGCGUGCAGGUUCAGCCAACCUCUCCGUCAGCAGCCACCAGGUUGGAGCAGGGACCCUGAAAGCAUCGCGGACGGUCAAGAGCUGCAUGCGAGCGCCUGGAACCGAAAGACCGCGGAAGGCCCGCAGAUCCCCAGCGUUGAAAUGGGAGAUGUUCAUCAAGCGGGAAGGAACAAGUCAUGUUCCGCUCGGGUCGUCACUGACGAGGUUAAGCCAGAGGACAAGUACCAGUCUGUCCCGCUGGUCCAGCAUCAUUCCUGUCUCGCAGUUGCCCCACCUUGGUGCUACCCGGUCUCCUUGGCUCGCCGUUACCGGGCAUCCCGUCUCUGCGGUCCUCCUUGCGGAGAAGAGCGGACAGGACCGAAGGCUGAGCAAAUUCUAAAUGCGUCGGAUUUAAAUAUCGAAGAGAGAAAGUUUGUCCUUCCUGAAGCGCUGCCACUCGUCUGCCCAUCCCCUCACUUUCACAGCUGGAAGUUUCAAGACCUUGUCGCCGAAAGCCAACCAGAUCAAAUCUCCCCAACAGAACUGGUGAAAGUCAUGUGGCACCAAGGCGUGACAUACAGGAUCCUGGAUCAAGAUGUGUCGGUCAUCGAAGUUUCUCCAGGGGACGGGUCUGUCAUCCGAUCUAAUGGCGUUCUCAACACGUACUUUACUCAUUACAAGCCCGAGUGCCAAUCAUCGCCGGCAAAUGUCAAAGAGAUCACAUAUCAUGUAAAUGGCCUCCCGCCUGACAUACCUGGACAGGUGUACUCUAUUUGCUCAGUUGUGAGUUGUGCAAGCAGGCUUCUCGCCAGAUACGACAAGGCCAAAAAAUGGAGUCUCCCCACUACAACAAGCUGCAUGCCACAGCAAAAUGUAUUCAAAGCAACAACGGUUGAUGCCCACGUGUCCCAUCGUUCUCCUCCGGGACGGCAUGAGAAUGAUCGAGAGACAGUCAAAAGUCGGUCAGAUGUGGCUGCUGCAGAGCUUGCAAACAUACAGCGAUGUAACUCUGUUGUAGAAAACGGUGACAUGUCAAGGGAGAAAGGAUGUGCACCAAACGGUUUGGCAGGAAUCACUUAUGAGGAAGUUUGCGAAGGCAGCAUUGCAGAAGCUCUUCAGAGGACAUCCAAGGCCAUAAAGGACAUCGAAGAGUUCUUAACUGCAGCCAAAAUGACCUGAAGAAAGAUAGCAUAUAAUAUUUUGAAGAAGGCCGACAUAUUUUGAUUGCUGGGAAUUUUGUGCAUGUGACUCAAAUAAUUACAAU